UGGGGGCUAAGGAGACAGUGAGUCGCGGGAUUUGUGAACCACAAUAGAAUGACCGUACUGAUGUUAUUGAGCAGGAAGCACUAGCACUCUGUAGAUGAUUUCGCUAUGGAAUGUAAUAGCGCCUAAACUUUGUCGUCCAAUGAAUCAUUCCGAGAAUGUCUGUCGUGUUGUAGUUGUGCCAUGCCUGUGACUUUGGUCAAAAUUAGUUCUUCCUAUAGUAAUACCCCUUUAAUUUGUGACUAACCCAUCUUGGUCUACCGGGCCGGCAGAGCUGACCGACCGAGGGUAUAGACUCGACCAGUGACGAUCGGUGUGCAAUCAAUUGCAAGGAUAUCUGACUGGCUCUGACUUCAGUAGAGUACACUUCCUAUAGGACCGUAUAUUUGCGGGAUUACAUCUGUAACACACUCCUUGUGGUGGAUAAAACAGCAGAAGAGAUGGAGUCCAAUCAAAUAGAUAAGAUGAGGGACAUUCUGGAUGUUCUAAAGAAGACAGAUACUAGUUGGGCAAGCCCGGAGGCCGCUCUUCUCUGUGAACAAAUGGAUGCAGCCUAUUGGAAAUCUCCAGACAAGAUCAAGUUUUGUCAGGAAUUCUGUGAUUAUGAUGGAGCAGAACUGCUGGUAUCUGCUCUGAUUAAGUUUGAGGAGGAUGGACUAUUCAAAGUGAAAGGGGCCUGGGAAACUGCCUUCGUCAUCUACAACCACCUAUGCAAUCUCAGUGAAGCUAGCCUGGUCCUGUCCAUACAAAUGGGAGAAAAGGGAAUGGUGAAACUGUGUUCAAGUAACAUUGUCAAAUACAGGGGGAAAAUGUCAAUACGGGAUAUCCUAUCGCUGAUCCGUGUCUCUUUAGGCAUCCUGUGCAAUAUGUCAACCACACCCGGCAACCGACACCUGUUUCGAGAAGAAGGCGUAGCUGAAAAGAUGCAGCCAUAUCUGAAGGGUGACCCCUUUCUGAAAACCAUCUGUAUGAUCACCCUUGCAUAUAUAAUAGAGGAGGGGCAGGAAGAUUCUUUGAUAGAAAAGGAAACAGAUACAAUUGAAUACCUGGUAGGGAUUCUUCGAGAUGCUGUCAAAAGUCCUAACAAGAGGUUUCAAGGGUUGUGUGACCGAGAGAUAGCUUUGGCUCUGGGAAGGCUAGCUGUCCAUGACAGUAGUAAAUGCAAGAUUCUUAAAGCUGGAGGGCUCCCUCUGCUGGUCAAGAUGUUAGAGGACAAGAGCGCGGAUACCCAGGAAGCUGCUGCCAAUACCAUCUGGAAUCUGGCCUUCUCAGAAGAUGGCCGUCAGAAAAUUGCUGAGAAUAAGGAUUGUUUGAAGCUCCUUGAAUCACUCACUCAAUGCUCUGAAUCCCAUGUAGCAGAUGCGGCCAAAGGGGCAUUAUGGGUAAUCACCCAGGGGCAAGCCAAGCAGGUGGAAAAAGAAGUAGAGGCUGAAGGGAUGCAAGGAGAGGAGAAAAGUUAUUCACACAUCAUGAUCAGUUACCAAUGGGGAUCACAACCUGUAGUUCUCACGAUAAGAGAUGCUCUGAAGGCUGCUGGCUACCAGGUAUGGCUUGAUGUUGAUCAUAUGCAUGGUUCUACACUACAAGCAAUGGCAGAAGCUGUGGAGAAAUCAUAUGUAGUUCUUAUGUGCAUCUCAGAGGGAUACAAGGAGAGUCCUAAUUGCAGAACAGAGGCAGAAUAUACAUUCAAGCUUGGAAAGUGCAUCAUUCCUGUGAUGAUGGAGGAGUACUAUCAACCUGAUGGAUGGCUAGGUAUAAUACUUGGAUCUAAACUCUACAUGGACUUCUCUGGAAAGCUGGAUCAAACGGAAGAGAUGAAGAAGCUGCUAAGAGAAGUACAGACCAAUCAUGCUGAUGCAGGUGAUACUGUGAAGAGAGCAGAAGUAAAAGAACUAAAACUACUUACACAGUUGUCUACCCAGCCAAACACCCCAUCACAAGUCUUGAGUUGGUCGAAUGAACAGGUUCAGGACUGGCUUAAAAAUUCAGGACUUGAUAAAUGGAGACCAUCACUCCAAGAGUACGAUGGAACCUUCUUGUUCAAUCUUCACAAAUUGCGCUUGGAAGCACCAGAGUUUUUCUACAGCUCCAUCCAAGAUGACCAGGGUCUCCAGAAAUUGAGAGAAAUUUUCAAGUUUACUGCAGCUCUUGAGACAGUCAUGAAGAAAUAAAUGGGUAGAAUAGAUGAAUUAAUUUCUAUUAAACUACAUACAUAGUCUGCAGGGUUAGGGAUAAAUCCAAGGAAUGUCCCAUGUUUUACAAAGUUUUAUUGAAUUGUUUAAUGGAAUUGUGAACAUUAAUUGACAUAAAAAGAUAAUGAUGUUUCAUCUGAUUCAAUUUAGUAGGGCUUUCAGAUAUUCAUACAGUUAUCAGAUAUCCAUCAGACAUAUCCGAUAUCUUAGAUAUAGUCGGUUAUGCACGGAAAGAAAUAGCUUGGACUUUCCCCUAGAUUAAUAGAUAAUCGUUAUCUUCGGUAGGGGGGGGGGAAUCAGUUUUGAUUGUUGUAUAUUGUUUGAUAAUUUGCCGUCAUGGAGGUUAAUUUCAAUGUAUUAUUCUGAUGAAUAAUUUGGAAAUUCCAAUUGUGACACAAGGGAAAAUGUCCCUCACAAAUCAUGUAUACUGUAAUGGUCCUCAGCAAGUACAGGGUAUAAAAGGUUAUUAUCAUCUUUCUAGCUGUCACAGACAUCACUUUUAUAUUGUUGAACAGAGUGUAGUGUAUCUUGUUUGCAAUUUUUUCUCUCUCCAAACUUGACUUUGAGCAUGGAAUACGGGUACAAUUUGGUACAUGUAAUAUUGAAUAUAUAUUCAUAUAGCUUUUGAUAUUAACGUCUCUAAGCACCAAUAAUGGAAUAGCAUGUAUCCCCAGAGGAUGAAACUGUGGAAACUCGAUUAAACAGAUUUGUGAAGUAUGACUUGUUGCAUUCAAAAUCUUUUACUAAAACGAAAUAUCAAAUAUUUGUCAGAAUACCAUAUAGGUAGACAUGUACUGGUUUGAUACAAAUGAUAAAAUUUACAGUUAUUUGAACAUUUCAUCAUGUUUUUUCCCACAAGGUUAAUACAAAAACAGGAAAAAUAGAAAAUAAUGUGAUGGAUCGCACAGUACACUAUAGUUGUGUACACAUGUUCAAUUAUAUGUCUAAGUGAACGUUUGUUAUGAUUGAAAAGAAAGUGAUUCAAGAGAUUUAAACAUGAUCAUUUGAAAGACAUUAACUUGCAUAUUUUUAUGGAAUGUCCAUUAUUUUUUUAUUUUUAUUCUACUCAGUGAGUGAAUAAUAGUGCAAUUGAACAUUUGUAUGCCAAUUAUGAUGACUUAAAACCAUCUAACAUUCCACAUAAAUACUUAAUUUGAGGUGAAUUAUUCACUUUUGUAUGUCAGUGUAUAAGAGCAGAAUGGCUUGAAGUGCAAUUUUUGUAUACCGGUAUCCUGAUUUUUUUAGUACAGAAUAUGUUUACAUCUGUAUUAGCUGAAAAUCAAUGAACAGCGAUGAGAUAAGAGCCUGAAAAAAACCUCAAGACUCAUUUUUCAUAUGUAUUUUAUCAUGUUGAAAAAGUGAAAUUAUUUUUCUUAAACUUGAUUUGUAUAUGCAUGUAUUAUACUCACUUUCUAAAAGAUUAAAUGAUGCAAUUUUAGAUAUAUAGAGUCGUUUAUAGAAGUAUUUUGUAAAAACCUAUUUUCACUUUCUAGUCCAAGCUGCCUUUAUAAUAUAUGCAAUAAAUUAGCCAAAU